AUGUCUCACGACGACUCGAACGUGUCCAAAUGGAGGCAAAUAGCAUUGAGUGAAAACACACUUUUUGGGAUGGGCAAUCCCCUGCUCGACAUUUCUGCUGUGGUGGACAAAGACUUUCUUGAUAAGUACGGAUUGAAGCCCAAUGACCAGAUUCUUGCUGAAGACAAACACAAGGCCUUAUUUGAAGAAAUUGUCAAGAGGAGAGAAGUUGAAUAUCACGCAGGCGGUUCGACGCAGAACUCUGUGAAAAUCGCCCAGUGGAUGAUCCAAAAGCCCCACAAGGUGGCGACCUUUUUCGGCUGCAUCGGCACCGACCGUUUCGGCGAGAUCCUGAAAAAGAAGGCCGAGGAAGCGCACGUGGACGCCCGCUACUACGAGCAAAGUGAGGAGCCCACCGGCACUUGCGCCGCCUGCAUCACCGGUGACAACAGGUCGCUUGUGGCCAACCUGGCUGCAGCCCAAUGCUAUAAGAAGGAGCAACACCUGGACCUGGACAGCAACUGGGAGCUGGUGACCAAAGCUAAGGUCUAUUACAUAGCGGGCUUUUUCUUGACGGUGUCCCCGGAAUCCAUGCUUAAGGUGGCCAAGCACGCCUCGCAAAACAAUAAACUCUUCUGCAUGAAUUUGUCGGCGCCAUUCAUCUGCCAGUUUUUCAGCAAAGCCAUGAUGGAGCUCAUGCCAUUCGUGGACAUCCUGUUUGGCAACGAAACGGAGGCGGCCACAUUCGGCAAGCAACUGGGCUUCCAGACGGAUGACGUCGGCGAGAUCGCCAAGAUGGCUCAGAAGCUCCCCAAGGACAACACGUCCAGGCCAAGAGUGGUGGUCUUUACUCAGGGCAAGGAUGACACCGCUGCCACCAUAGGUGAAAAGGUGACCAUGUUUCCCGUCGUGGAUAUCGACCAGAAUGACAUUGUGGACACAAACGGAGCUGGUGAUGCCUUUGUUGGAGGGUUCCUGUCAGCACUGGUCCAGGAGCAUCCCCUGGACGAGUGCAUCAGAGCUGGACACUACGCCGCCAAUGUCAUCAUCCAACGAGUGGGCUGCACCUUCCCGGAGAAGCCCGACUUUAAAUAG